GUUGCUGUUAUAUUAGUGCUAAUAGUUUUGUUGCAUUUAUGUUUAGAAGUGCACUAUUUUUUGAGAAUAUCACUAAGUGUAAUUAUGGCACGUCUAUGUAAACCAAAAAUUUCUAUUUUGCAAGAAACAACAGUACAAGACAAACGUGACAGUUCCAACGUUUCCAGUUUGAUAUGAAAUUCCCCACUGUGCAGAAAUUGUUGUAGUGGGGUACUUCCAGUAAUUUACUUGGAACAAAGUUAUCUUGAUUUCAUUUCGUCUUUAAUGGUCACGCAAGGUUGAGGUCAGGGCAACUCACGAGCACAGCAUAUCAUAGUUCAUAGGUCACAACCAGUUUACAAUAGUCAGGAGAUGAGAUUCUACUCAGAAGGAAAUACGUAGAACUAUGUCAGAGUAUGAUUUUUGAAGAGAUGAUUCUGUACUAGUGUUUGUUGGAUUAAGUUUUGAAACGAGCAGAAAUCAUGUUCAAAUGUUCAAUGUUCGAUAAUAUUAUUGCAAUGCGUCCAGGAAAUCGAAAUGUAGAUUAUCCGACUAUGCGGAAGCACUUAUCUUUAUUUUGAUUUCUCCAGAAAACUGUAGAAAUUAUUACACUUAAUUAAUGUAUGUUAAUGAAAGAAAAUUUGUUCUAGCGUAGAAUGAGAAACAUUCAACUUAUGUGGUAGCCAUUGUUUAUAAAUUAUUUAGUUGGUACUUCCUUAUUCAUUUUCCAAUGUUGAAGGUUCCAGUUGUUAGUUAUUUUAAUCAAUGAUACUGAAGCGAAAAUUAAAAACUUUUCUUACGAAAUGGGUUGCACAGUAAAACCUUGACGAAUAGAACUGGGCGUUCCGCGGGGAAAAGGACAACAUUUUACUACGUGCUCCUUAGAUGCUCCGCAAAUGCUUCGUUAUCAAGAUAUGAUUUUUUUCAAUUUAAUGAGACCUUCUGACCACAUGAAGUAGAUAGUGUGUCGUUUAUUAUUUUGACACAGUAGUUGCUUCAGUUUCACAGAAAUUGGAAACAUUAAUUUUCAUAAAGUAUUAUUUUUUCGUUAAAGUAAAAUUAUUUUCCAACAGUAGGUAUGGUGGUGAACGUGAGUACGUCUCAUUAAUAGUAUUAUAUGAAAAAAGGCAACACUCUAUAACGAGAAUUUGCGGAUAGGACAUUUUGGACUAGUCUAUGAAACACGUAGUAAAAUGUUGUUCCUUUCCGCGCGAGUCACCAUGUCUAAUACAAUACAAUUUAAAGAAAAUAAACAAUGUGAACAGUAUUGACUCACGUUACAUCGCCGCUAGGUAUGGUGGAAAUUGCAAAAAUACACGAAGAUUUCGACCGGCAAGUAUCUGCCUCACAACUGACGUGGACACCUUUUUAUAUCAUAUGAAUAAUGCACGCUUUAUACGAGAAUUGGACUUUGCUAGGGCCGACUUUUACGAGAGAACAGGGUUGUUUCAGUGCAUUAGGAAUAAAAAAGGUGCAUUUGCUUUAGGCGCAACCACGAUGCGAUAUAGGAGAUUUUUAAGAUUAUUUCAAAGAUACAUAAUCAAAACUAAAGUUGUCUACUGGAACGAACAGGACGUCUUCAUGGAGCAUCGCUUUGUAAACCUUCACGACAAUUUUGUGAAUGCAAUUGCGUUGGUAAAGAUACGUUUUCUGAAUUGUACCGUAGCUGACGUAAUGAAGGAGUUGCUAGAGAAAACUGGAGUCGACGCUAGUCAAGUAAAACCAAAACUACCACUGGAAGUCGCAAAAUGGAUUGAAAGUAAUGAAAUAUCGAGUACAAUUUUAAGAACGGAAAACUCGCCUAAUAACGUCACCAUAAACGUCAGUUCCACCGAUCUUUAGCUAUCUUGCACCUAAUUCCUUUAGUUCUGUUAUGUUGUGCCAAAGAGGUUUAUUAUUUAUUGCACAGGAAGUCUAUAUUUGUGUGAACUGUUAUCCAAAUAUGGCUUCCAUUGUAUACUAGUAAAAUAAGAAUAAUUGUAAUAAAAGGUCUAAACUGUGAAGCAAUCGCUCACACUGGGUGUCAAAAAUAAGUGUUUCCAAUGGAUGGUAAGUACCCUCAUAGCGAAAUUUAUGUUUGUUAAUAAACAAGUAGGUAAGCACGAAAUAGGUACUCUUGAUUUAAAGUAUGAAGAUUUACUUAUUAUUUGUUUUUGCCCGAUACUAUUCUUAAUCAAUAAACAUUGUGAUAAUUUAUUAUAAGCAAAAUAAAAUCUUCCCAAACUAAUUAC